AAACAUAGACUUACUUGGACGAAAUCUGAUGGAACAGAAAUAAUAGUGGCUUAUCGUAAUAUGUUUACGCGGUGAUGAAAAAGGCCCGUGUUUUUUUAGACACCACAAGGGAACGACACCAACAGAUAUGGACACUGGUGAAGACAGCAGCUGCUGAUAUCUUCAAAAAGGAUGAAGGCGAAGUUUCAGGCCGCGGCUUCAAAAAGGCCGGUAAGUUCGUGCUGUCCUCUAAGCUGUGGGAGAGCUCCACGCCUUCCAAGACAUGUGACGUCAUCAUCACCUUCCCCAAGGACACGGAGGACUAUGUCGUUAUGUGGCUGCUGUCCAGAUUGCGGGCGCGGGUCCCGGAUAUCGAAGUUCAUGUCCGGCAGAUGGCUAACUCUCCGGUCUACGGCUUCUAUCUAACUGCGUCAUACGAGACAUUCCUUCGACAAGCUGAAGAGCUUGGUCUGAGGAAAAAGCUGAUCGGUGGAGGAAUGGUGGAAUUCAAGAUGGAGGACAAGGAGCUGUUCGAGAAACACGAUGAUCCCACAGCAUUCUUUACAUCCGGGGAUCGACAGAGCAUGAUUCUCGAGAUGGUGAACGGGUUGCGGGCGGUGGACGGCGACGAGCUCGGGAAGAUUACAUUCUGCGAAGGCAUGCAGAUAGUUCCCAGGCUUAUGGCGGAGGGUGUGAUCGAAAAGAUGUUUCCGCUGCAUAACCAUGACGACCUGGCAAAGCUGCGCAAGUCCUGGGUACAAGCCUUUUUCAAGAAGCAGCCGCUCGAUGACAUUUGCGAGUACUUCGGUGUAAAGAUUGCCAUGUACUUUGCUUGGCUUGGAAUGUACACCAAGUGGCUUAUUGCGCCCGCAAUCCUCGGAAUCGUUACCUUCGUACUGAGCAUGCGCGGCGAGGUGACACGUGACUGGUGUGUGCUGGCAUUCAACAUAUUCAAUAUUGUUUGGGCAACGCUGUACCUUGAAGCCUGGAAGCGUAAGAGCGCCGAGUUAGCGUACCGCUGGGGAACACUGGAUAUGCCAUCAGAAGCCCUCAAGGAUCCAAGGCCCCUUUUCAGGGGUGAAUUCAAACCCAGCGAAAUCACCGGCCAAAUGGAGCCCCAUUACCCGUCAAUCAAGAGGAACAUUUUCCGGUACUGCGUGUCGCUCCCUGCCAUCAUUGGAUCGUUGGGUGUUGUCGUUAUCAGCAUGCUGUGUUGCUUUGAGUUCCAGCGGUGGGUGGACAUGAUGGAUAACCCACCAAAACCGCUCAAGUUUGCGCCUAAGAUCGCUCUGGCUGUCUGUAUCGGCAUGCUUGAUGAUAACUAUAAGAAACUCGCCUAUAAACUUAACGACAAAGAAAACUAUCGUCUUCAGGAGACGUACGAAAACCACCUGAUCAUCAAGCUGGUUUCGUUCCAGUUCUUCAACGCGUACCUGUCAUUGUUCUACAUCGCCUUCUACAUCCAGGAUCUGACCCGACUAAAAAACACCCUCGGUGCCUUGCUCAUCACCAAGCAAGUUGUCGGUAACGUCAAGGAAGCACUUGUGCCCUUCGUAAAGCAGAAGGUAAAGGAGUGGAAGAUGAAGAAGCAAGCGGCAAAGGCCAAGAAGGAAAAGGAGGAGAAAGGAGAGAAAGACAAGCCAUCCGAGCUGGAUACUCCUCUCAUGCAUCAGGCGGAGAUAGAAAGCAACAUGCCGGAGUACGAGGACACGUUCGAGGACUACCUUGAGAUGUUUAUCCAGUUCGGAUACGUUGUUCUGUUCUCGUCCGCCUUCCCGCUGGCCGCUUUGUGCGCUCUAGCCAACAACGUCAUCGAGAUCCGAAGCGACGCAUUCAAACUAUGCACCAACCUACGACGGCCAUUCGGAGAGCGCGUGGAGAACAUCGGCACUUGGCAGGACGCUAUGGAGGUUAUGGGUGUGGUUGCUGUCAUGGUGAACCUGGCUCUGCUGGGUAUGGGCGGCUCAGUUCAGCGGAUGUUCCCUGGAAUGACAGUCACUGAGCGUAUCAUCCUCAUCGUAGUCCUGGAGCAUCUUGUACUCGGCAUCAAGUUCGCCGUGGCUUAUGCCAUCCCAGAUAUCCCUGAAUGGGUGGAGAACGAGAUCGCCAAAGUGGAGUUCAAGCGACGCGAGGCUCUCAAGGGAGGCAAUUCCCCAAACUCCCCUCCCCAGAGCAGCGUGAGCCCCGAGGAAAACAACACUUCGGUGUGAGAGACUGGUACUGAAAGACUAGAAACUGGGCCACAGAGGAUGGGGCCAAGGAAAAGUGGAGACUUGACCUAUAGAAAGUGAAGGAAUAACAAAUAUUGAAUAGGCCUUCAACGCCAAAAGGAUGAAGAACGAUUUUUUCAUUAACCAAUUAAUGUUUGUAGAUAGACAAAAGCUGUAGAAGUCACAAAGUAGCGCAGUUUUUGCGAUUGCACAGCAUGAUUUUGGUGCAAUUGUUUUACGCAAAUCUAAGUUUCGAGUUAGAGCCGCAUUGUCAUCCUAGCAAAAUACCAAGUGCAAGCGCAUCCAUGUCCAUCGACUGCCAAGUGCAAGAGCAUCCAUGCCCACCGACUGCCAAUUGCAAGCGCAUCCAUGUCCAUCAACUGCCAGCGCAUCCAUGUCCAUCGACUGUCGAGUGCAAGCACAUCCAUGUCAAUUGACUUCCAAGUGCAAGCGCAUCCAUUUCUAUCGACUGACUUUGGAAACAUAUUUCGAUAUUUAUCCAUAUAAUAAGGGUAUCGCUGAUUAGGGCUGUACAAAUGCUGGAUAUUAUAGCAAAAAGGAUACAAAAUUUACUUUAAAAAUCUGUCUUUCGAGGCAUGCGUGAGUGUAGCGAUCACCGAAGCCUUAAGACUUAGGGAAAAAGCAAAACUAGCAAAGGAGAUUUAUAUGCCCCGAGAAGGGGGUUGAAAAAUCAACUUGAAGAGAUCUCUUACUUGAACAGACAAACAAAACUAGCAUAGCGAAUGUGUAUGUUGAAUGACAAAAAAAGACAAGAAUUGAUUUAAAAAAACACAAGGGGCAAUAAAUAUUUCAAUUCUUUACGACAAUAACAGAUGUACAGUAGAUAGAUAUAAUUUAGGUAUAAAGAUGUAAAUGCCAAACAUAACUUAGUAAAUGGUCAUAAGCGGAAAAACGACACGAUGUCAGCCAUACAAAAGUUUAAAGACAAGUUAUCUAGAAGAACCAGGACAGCUUUGUACAGUACAGAAGGACGCCAUAAAGCAGAGAGACAGACGCAAGCAAGACAUCAAGACAAUAACUGAUGUGCUUUUUAAACUUUAUAUUCCUAGAUACAAGAUACUGUUAAAUUCAUAUAUUUACAUGACAUGUUCUACUGACAGGCCUUGAGCCCUGUUUGUUUCAAAUAUUAGGGGAUGCACCAAUAAAAAUUUGCACCAGA